CUUAAAUUCAUGACAAAACCUUAAAGAAAAAGGCCUUUUUCUCUUUUUUUUUCAUUUUUUCGUAAUCAGAUUUUGCAUGCGAGUAUAAAAGAAAAAGUCCUUUUUUCUAUUUUCAUUUCUUUUUUCUUCUUUUGUUUACGUUUGACCCCCACACCUUUUUUUUCUUUUUUUCCAUAAUUUUUAAUUCAUCACCCACCCCGCUCAACUUUAGUAGUUUAUUAUUUUUUCUGAAUAUUUGUAACAAUUACAACUACAUAUACCUUAUUACAUACUAUUUAGAUUAAACACACGUACGAUUAGUAAUAAUAUAAAAUGGCAGACGACUACGAUUAUGAAUCUCUUGGGGCCAACGCAACCCUCACUCAAGACGCCAUGGCCGGUGCACUUGCCGGAAUUGCUGAACACAGUGCUAUGUAUCCUGUAGAUAGUAUCAAAACUCGUAUGCAAGUCAUUCAGUCAGCUACUGCUACUACUGGCAGCAAUGUCAUGAAUACAGUUGCAGCCGCUGCCAAGGCACAAUCGUCCGCUUUUGGUGCGUCACAUCAUAAAACUUCUGCUGCAAAAGCAACCGUACAUCCCCGCCACGUCCACUCCUCGGCUAUUCUAGAUGGUGCUGGUAGUAGCGUCGUGAAUGAAUUGAAAAGCUUUAAAUCCAAAUCCCGUCAUCUAUGGCGAGGUGUCAAUUCUGUCGUUAUUGGCGCUGGUCCUGCUCAUGCUCUUCAUUAUGCCACUUACGAAGCCUGCAAAGAAGCCUUUGGUGGUAAUACGAGUGGCCACCAUGUCCUGACAAAUGCUGCUGCUGGUGCCAUCGCCACCCUUGUUCAUGACUCCAUGAUGAAUCCUUUCGAUGUCGUCAAACAGCGUAUGCAAAUGGGAGGAGAAACCACAGCUCUUUAUCGCAAUGUCAGAGAUUGUGCUCGUCAAGUGUUUGCCAAGGAAGGAAUUGUUGCCUUCUACAUUUCCUUGCCCACCACCUUAACCAUGUCUAUUCCGUUCCAAUCCAUUCAAUUUGCCACGUAUGAAUUCUUCCGUAAAGUCAUCAAUCCUAACGGUCAUUACGAUCCCACGACUCACGCCAUGGCGGGUGGUUUGGCAGGUGCUAUUGCUGCUUCCGUUACAACGCCAUUGGAUGUCGUCAAAACGUUAUUGCAGACUCGUGGUACCAAUAAUGAUCCUCGAAUUCGUAAUUGCUCUGGAUUAGUUGAAGCUGGAAAAAUCAUCAAGGAAAGAUACGGUUAUGCAGGUUUCUUCAGAGGAUUCAAGCCUAGAGUGUUGACAAAUAUGCCUAGUGCUGCUAUUAGUUGGAGUGUGUACGAAUACUUCAAGUGGUUUAUCAGUAGGAAUAACGGUCAUGAUCAUGUUGCUUCUAACAGAGAUAUCCUCAGCUUAUAAAUCUUUUGAUAUCAUUUUUUUCACGACAUUACAUUUUGCAAAUACACAGCUUUCGAAACUACAUCCACACUGAUCAAUUAUACAACCCCAUGGUUCGAAUAGAGUUACCCGUAGUACAAUUACAAUUAUUCGUACAGACAACACGGAAAGCAACAAGUGUAUA